GAAUGAAUGUAUCGCUACUGCGCAAAAUCAAAACGAAGCAGCAAAGCAAAAGCGCUAAAAGCUCUCUAUUGAAAUCCCAUACCAAGUACCAGCUAUCUAUUUCGGCUGUUUCCCAACCAAUUUUCUUGCCAGUCCCGGUAUAUUUAACUAAAAAAACACCCUGUUACGAAAUUUGUGAGUCAGCAUCAAAGUUCCGCCAAGAACAGUGAAGUGGAAGUAAUUUAAUAAUUGUAUGUACUGUUAACUAUCACGCUUAUAGGUGGAGCAUUGUUACAAUGAUUAUGUGAUAACGUACACGUACUAAAAAGUUAUUGGUUCAGUGGUGUUUUGUGUUGGAGACAAUGCCUUUUUUCCGACCAUUUUGACGUGAUCACAUGUGGCGCGUGCAGUUAUAUCCGCGUGCUGGUGGGAUGUGAAGAAAAAACGGAAGCUUUCGUAUAGCUGAUUUUGGUUCCUUGUUACUGCAAUUUGGACUUCAGCAUUCUCCGUUCCAGACGCAAAGAAGAUCAAGUCGGCUGUAUUUUUGCGGGCGCCCGCCCGGAGCAGUUCGCACGUCACCGGAGCCGUCACCUGUCGAGAUGCACCUCGAACCACCUUCGCGGCUCCGAGCUUAGCCAGUCGCACCAACAGGCGGUACCCCCACCUCCGACUCCGAGUCGUUCUUAUCAGCCGCCUUAAAACAGACCGGCUCUCGGGUGGCGGGUGGAUUCUUGAUAUUCUCAGGAAGAGUACGACUUGAGUACUACGCGCGCUUUAUCGGGCGAUUUGUUGCGUUUUGUGUUUGGCGGUACCGAAGAGUACCCUGUGAAGUUCGACGAUAGUGCGACUGAAGCAACACGAACGGACAGCCGGAAAGAUGAAGAUGGAAUUUCGGUACAAAAUCAGCAAAAAAAUAGUCACCAUAGCAUUGCUUGGGGUCAUCAUGUUGUGCUCAUCGUUCUUGAUCCAUUUCUACGACCCACUUCAAAUGAUCAUUCGCCAGUUAUUGGACUUAGCACCUGGCACCAUACUGUAUGGCUUAUGGAAAGCUCCGCCAUACGAUCUUGUGAUGAAACUAUACAUUUUCAACGUAACUAACGCAGAAGAAUUUCUUAGCGGAAAAGAAAAGCUGAACGUUACAGAAGUUGGACCGUAUGGUUACAAGGAAAUUCUAACCCACAACAACGUUUCAUUUUCCGCUGAUGGCACGGUCAGCUACAACCCGAAACGAGUUUUCACCAGUGAUCCAACUCAUUCUGUUGGAGACCCCUUGCUCGACAGGAUAACUGUCCCAAAUAUACCAUUACUUGGCAUCCAAGCUUACCUGACAGACUCAAGCUUCAUCACGAACAUGGGCUUCUCGGCAUUAGCAGCUUCACUUGGCAGCAACUCAAUAUUGAACCUAACUGUUGAUGAGUUUAUGUGGGGAUACGAGGACAAGCUAGUCACAAUGGCCAAUCAAUUCUUGCCUAAUUGGAUCGAUUUCGGAAAAUUUGGAUUGCUUGAACGGUUGAUGAGUCGAGACAACGUCAAUCGUAUCACAGUAAGCGUGGAUCCAACGAAGGCCACGUCCAAAUAUGACAACCUCCUCACCCAGGAAGAAAUAACAGCUCCCUACCACAUAGUCCGAUGGAACGGCUCUCCGGGCUUGAAAGAAUGGGGUUUCAACAACGAAACCAUGCAGACCAACAAAAAGUGCGAGCUGAUCGAAGGUGCUUUCGACGGUACUAUCUUUCCCAGGAAAAUGAGGAGGAAUCGCACCAUCACGGUAUUCAGGAAGGCCUUCUGCAGACCGGUACCGUUCCACUUCGUCGGAGACAGCCUCAGUCACGAAGGGUUCGUUUCGUACGAUUUCAAGAUGAAGAAAAACGUCUUUGGUACCCCCGAGGAGAACCCUUACAAUGAAUGCUACUGCUUCAAGGGUACCUGUCCCGGCAAAGGGCUGCAAACCAUCGCUCCGUGCUACUAUGAUAUGCCUAUCAUACUAUCUGAGCCUCACUUUCUCAACGUGGACCCAGAGAUACGGAACUCUGUGAACGGGAUGAACCCUGACGAGAAGAUUCACGCUAGCUUGUACAGGAUACAACCAGACUUAGGAGUGCCUCUAGCGGGCUCCGCCUUGAGGGUUCAGGUCAAUCUCGGAAUGGGCCAAACCAGAUACAACUCGAAGACGAGACAGUUCAACAACAUGACGGUACCACUGUUCUGGAUAGAGCUGAGCUUCGACGAGCUGCCUGGCAUGAUAUCAUUUCUGCUAAGGCUGGUCUUGGUGGUCCUCCCUGUGGGUCAGACUAUCCUGAUCUACCUCUUGGGCAUCAUUGGUUUUGCGAUGGUAUCCGGAGCGGCUUUGCUCACUCUGUUCUUCAAUAAGACCAUGGUUCCGAGGUCACUGAGUAUCGCAUCGGAGUAUACAGCGCUUCCUGCCGUGAUUGUUGCUUCGCAGUAUUUCAAGCCGGACGUUAGAAUUUCUAAAUCGUCUUAGUGAAAUUUUAUAGGUAGGUUUUAAAUGUGUGAUAAAGAGACUGAAACAAAUUUUAGUUGUAAGUUCUUGUACAUAUGUGACUUAACCUAGUGAGAGUAAUGUAAGAUGGAGAAUUGUUGUUUGAAAUAUGGUUCUUUUUUACCUUUAUUAAAUUAUACUUAUUACAA